GUCUCCAGCAGUAACAUAGCAAAAUGACCCAUUUCAUUGGAAUGUGGGGAAUAUGAAUGCUGGAACAGGGGAGCGUGGAUUCCGUCUCGAUCAGCUCUUGAAACGCGAUCCCACUUCUAAAUGACUAAGGAAACAGACAAUCAAGUACAUUUCCACUAAGGAAGACUAAUAUGUAAAUGUUGAGUUGAAACUCUUGUUAUAGUAAGUGGGCAGUGUCUGGAAGAUUAUUGCAAAAUGCUAUUGUUGCUGCACUCACUAUUCCUGUACGUGGUGAACGGUUCCUCGCUGUCACCGACUCGAGGAGAUCUGUACACCUCCCUCCUGAACAUCCAGGGAGAAAUUGCCGUGGAAAAGGUGCUUUUGCAAAAUUUACAGACUUACGUUGAAAACGAGAUCUACAGAAUGGACGAUCUGAAACGAUUUUAUGAAAAAGUAAAGGCACUGCACAGCAAUGUUUAUCAGGAACCUGUGAAAGCAAUAUCAAACCCUUUGUUUGCUUACACCCUUAUUAAGAGGUUGCAAAUUGACUGGCAAAAUAUUGUAUAUAGCAAUGAAGCCAUCGAGAAUAUCCAAGCACUAAAGGAUGGUUAUGAGAAAGUCGAAGCAAAACUCCCAAAAGCUGAGGACGUAGAGGGAGCUGCCAAAGGUUUGAUGAGGCUGCAGGAUGUGUACGCCCUAAGCACAAAGGGAUUAGUCAAAGGGGAGUUUCUACAGGUGGUUGGAGACGAUGUUUCCAUUCUCUACAGGCCAAAUCUGUCAAGUACCCUUUCAGCAGAUGACUGUUUUCAAAUUGGAAAGGUUGCCUAUGAUAUAGGUGACUACUAUCACUCAGUUACUUGGUUAGAAGAAGCAGUCACACUUUUCCGACAAAGUAUAGGAAUUUGGAACACUGAGGACCAAGGAAAUCUUGAGGAAGCUCUCGAUCAUCUCGCCUUUUCCCAUUACAUGACAGGAAAUGUUGGUUACGCUGUGACUCUAUCUAAAGAGCUACUACAGCUUGACUCAAACAAUAGGAGAAUUGCUCAGAACAUACUGAAGUAUGAAAGGAUCUUGCAAGCAUCUUUAGAUGCUGAACCGAAGGAAAUUGUGCUUCAAAGACCAAAUGUGACUCAUUUGCUUACAAGGGACACCUAUGAAUCAUUGUGUCAAAGACUGGGCUCACAGCCAAAGCAUUAUCAAGAUUCACAACUUUAUUGUUCCUACGAGACAAACCUCAGUCCAUACCUGAUUCUACAGCCAGUGAAAAGGGAGAUUAUAAGCCAGAAACCAUAUGUUGUACUGUACCACAAGUUUAUCAGUGACUCUGAAGCUAAGCGGAUAAAGGAAAUUGCUGGUCCUUCGUUGCAGAGGUCAGUGGUGGCCUCUGGGGACAAGCAGGCUGCUGUGGAGUACCGGAUCAGUAAAAGUGCCUGGAUCAAAGACACUGUGGAUCCAGUGAUCAAAAAGCUGGAACAACGAAUUGCACAUUUUACUGGUUUAAAUGUGCAGCAGCCUUAUGCAGAAUAUCUCCAGGUUGUCAACUAUGGGAUUGGAGGUCACUAUGAGCCACACUUUGACCAUGCAACGUCCCCUAACAGUCCACUGUAUAAACUGAAGUCUGGAAACAGGGUGGCCACAUUCAUGAUAUAUUUGAGUACAGUGGAAGCUGGAGGGUCAACUGCUUUCAUUUAUGCUAACUUUAGUGUUCCUGUUGUCAAGAAUGCAGCCCUGUUUUGGUGGAACCUGCACAAAAAUGGACAAGGUAAUGCAGACACUCUCCACGCUGGCUGUCCAGUGCUAGUUGGAGACAAAUGGGUCGCUAACAAAUGGAUCCGAGAACAUGGGCAGGAAUUUCAAAGGAAAUGUGGAGCUGACCCAGAUGAAUAAGCGACCUCUUCGUCACGGGACCUCUUGGAGUACAAGAACUUGUGCUAUGCACGGAGAGGGGUAGCACCAUAUGUUUCUGAAAUAAUGACUGGAAGCCCAAGUACUGUCUGAACAGGAGUGAGGAAGCAUGGCCUGAAGCCAAACACACUUUAGCACUGACUCGGGUCUGAGGAAUGGAGCUGAGCGGUUGUUAACAUAUGGGGAAAACAUACACCCUUGGAACCAGGACGCAUUGCUGCAAAUUUCCAUUCAUGUCAUCGCUGACUGUGCCUAUGUCAUAAAUUCCUGAACACUGUAUCUGACAUGAAAAAGCUGGAUCAAAGGGAAAAGGAAAACAAACUAUCCUCAAAUAAGUGAGGACAGAAUGGUUUAUUUUACAAAAGUAGCUCCCUGAAACAAAUUGCUAUAUUGCUUUGUUCAUUCCUGAGGAGAAUUUCUUUGGAGAAUUAAAAGUGAAAUGAAAAUUGAAAGUCAAA